AUGAAAAUAUGGACCGCCAACGCGCCAGCUGUUCACGCAAAUCCUGACGAGUGCUUUGCCCUCUGCAUGAUUCUCCCCGAGUCGACUGAAACCGUUCUGCAUCUGAAGCAAGUUGAUCCCCCGCCUGACAGCCCAGAAGCGGAGGCAUUUACGAUCACGCCCGAUGAGGCGUUCAACGCCAAUCUGGGCAUUGAAGUGGCCGACUUCGCCGACAUCGGCCUGCUGCCCCACAAGAACUGUGCGGCGGUCCUGGCCUUCUUGAAAGAACGCUAUCUUCAGGAUCUCAUUUAUACCACUGCAGAUCCCCUCCUGGUCGCGGUCAACCCCUUCAAAGAUUUGAAAAACACAACCCCAGAGUGGCUUCGGCUCUACAGUGACGCCCCCGAUGUCGACAAACUCGCGCCGCAUGUCUUCCGAGUCGCCCGCACGGCGCUCGAGAGGUUGUCUGCCUUUAUGGCCAGUCAAACCAUCAUCGUCAGCGGCGAGUCAGGAGCAGGCAAAACAGAAGCCACGAAGCAGAUCAUGUCUUUCUUUGCCUCGGGACAACCUGGAGAGUUCUCGCACCAACGCAUCCAAGAUGCAGUUAUUGCGGCGAACCCCGUUCUUGAAGCCUUCGGCAACGCGAAAACUGUCCGAAACAACAACUCCAGUCGCUUUGGCCGCUUCAUGCAGCUCCAACUGGGAGAAAGGGGAGGCAUCCAGUACGGCUCCAUCCGCAACUUUUUGUUGGAGAAAGUGCGCGUGACGAGUCAGGAACAAAACGAGAGGUCGUAUCACAUCUUUUACCAGCUAGUCAAGGGCGCUGAAGGCUCACGGCGAUCUCAGUUGAGCUUGCUCAAGAUCGAAGAGUACACCUACCUCUCAAAAAACGGCGGGUGCUACGACUGUCCUGGCAUCGACGACGUCCAAGAGUACAAAGAGGUGAAUGACAGCUUCCGUUCCAUGGGUCUGGGUGCGGAGGAAAUUGACAGCAUCUGGUCGAUCGUCGCAGGCGUCCUUCUCUUGGGAAACGUGCAGCUGGAAGGCUACGAGACGGACAGCCAGCACAAUGCAGCAGCCCUCGCCGCCGGCGCAGAGGCAACCCUGCAGAAGUGUUGCGCGCUCCUGUUUCUCGAUGAAAAUGCAGUGAAGAAGGAGAUUCUCUACAAAGUUAAAACCAUCGGUGACCAAGAAAUUGAGUCUCCAAACAGCUUGACGGACGCGUUAAUCAAUCGCGACUCGUUGGCGAAGGCCGUGUACGAGAAAUUGUUUGACUGGGUGGUUCGCCGCGUCAACGUAACAAUCGAGCCUCCUCAAGGUUUUGGAAUCUUCAUGGGGAUGUUGGACAUUUUUGGUUUCGAAGUGUUUGAACACAAUUCCCUGGAGCAGCUGCUCAUCAACAUCACCAACGAGGAGCUCCAGAAAAACUUCAUCCAAAUCGUCUUUGCUCGUGAGACGAAGCUCUACUACGACGAGGGAAUCGGAAAUGUGAAAAUUACCUGGACCGACAACGAAAGCGUGAUCAAAGCCCUGUGCGGGAAAUCUUCCUCAGUUCUUGCCAUUCUAGAGGACAAAAGUCUUGCCCCUGGAGGCACUGAUGAAGCCAUUGUCACGUCCAUGAGCAAGGCUCUAGGGUACUCCGAUGUGUGGAAGCCGGGUCGGAAAAACCCUCGCACGUGUUUUUGCAUCUGCCACACCAUUGCCGAUAUUCAGUACGAUGCAACUGGCUUCAUCGAGAAGAACAAAGAUCUUUUGAAGCCCGAGCUCUGCGCCAUCCUACAGGCGUCUCCAAACAAGGUGACGAAGGCUCUAUUCGAGGGUGUCGUCAUGGAGAAGGGCAAGAUUGCGAAGGGACAACUCAUUGCAUCUCAGUUUAUGCGCUCUCUCAGUGCUCUCAUGGAUCUUAUCUCGAGUACAGAGCCCCAUUUCAUUCGUUGCUUGAAACCGAAUGAAACGAAGAAGCCUCACGAUUGGUCGAACGGGAAGGUUCUUGCGCAGAUCGGCAACACAAUGGUGUUUAUCAAACCCGACGCAGUUCGAGAGCUGACGCAGAAAAUGCGACUGGUUGUGGUGGCCUGGGAACCGCUUAUUCGCGUUCUGGAGGCGUGCUAUUCCCGUUGCUUAAAACUGCGGGCCAUAAGUGACAAGGUGCAAUGGGCGGUCCGAAUCCAAGCACAGAUCAGGAAGGCGCGGGUGCUUACGGUGUAG